GGAGGUUCUGGCUCUCUCUUGUGCAGGCCUGGAAGAUUGUGAUUGGGAGUGGGAAAGGGAACAAGUCAUUAAAGGAGGACAUGGAGUGAACAAAAAAAAAGUAAGGAGAGAAAGAUAGUUAACUGGCAAAGCCAGUCUGUUGGACGGCCACGUGAUUAAUGAGACGUGAUAAGGGAGUACACAACAAGGACACCACACACAAUGUCUCAGGUUUUGAAGGUGUCUGCCUGAAUUUGGAAGUCCAGAAAGCCCCUAAUUUAUCCUGUGUGGAUCCGGAUCGCUUCUAUAAUCACACCAUUUGGACCCUCCAAGAGUCUGUUAAUCAUUUGUUCUGCCCUUUGGAUUAUCAGACCCUCCAGCUCCUUCAGUCCACAUCUGACUUUAACAUCCAGUGGAGCAAAGACUGUAACCUGCUUAACCUCACCACUUCAGGCCACCUGCAUAGCACACUGCAGAACACAACUGCGUACCUCACCUUUGAACACCCAAAUGCCAACGAUGCAGGCAACUACACUUGCACACUCUACUUGAAUGGUCAAAGAAACGCUUCCUUCACUGUUCAGCUGGACAUGGCAGAUCUUUGCCGUGUGCUUCCCCAGUUCCUCUCCCCCUCCAGCAAUCUUACUUUGGAGCAAGCUUUGGGAAGCCAGUUAACACUGAACUGCACAGUGCAGCUGCCCUACAGUAGGAACUGUGAUCUUGACAUGCACUGGAUGAAAGAUGACCAGUGGUUAGACAAUGAGACCCAUGCUUCUCUUACUCAGUGGUUCACUGAUAAUAGAACAGAGAUUUUUGUCUCCAGCACAUUGGAGGUGAAUGUGACUACUGAUGAAAACUAUGGAGUGUUUGCUUGCUUAGUUAGAAACAGCAGAGCAGUUUUCACACUGCAAAAAUCAGCCGAGACUGCUGGCCACUUGGGUGCCGUGAUAGCUGCACUUGUCAUUGUGGCCCUGGUGCUAUUAAUCGCUGUGAUGUAUGUGAAGUGCCGUCUGAAUGUGCUGCUCUGGUACCGGAACCAUUAUGGAGAACCUGAGAUCAAUGAUGGAAAACUCUAUGAUGCCUAUGUGUCCUAUGCUAACUCAACUGAUGACAGGAAAUUUGCAAACUUCAUAGUGAAGCCGCAGCUGGAGAAUCGUCAUGGAUACAAGCUCUUCUUAGAUGAUAAAGAUAUUCUGCCCAACUCAGAACCUUCUGCAGAUCUGAUUAUGAAUGUCAGCCGGUGCCGACGCCUCAUUGUGGUUCUCUCUAAUGCAUACUUGGAACAAGAUUGGUGCAGCAGUAAUUUUAGGGAAGGUCUUUGGCGGCUGCUGGAACUGUCCCGGAUGCCAAUCUUCAUUGCCUUUGAGAGCCAGUACCGGGAAAUAACACAUCCGGCCAUUAAUUUGCUGAAGCAGCACAAGAGUGCUGUGACCCUGCUGAUAUGGCGUGCUGGUUCCAUGAUGCCUUCGUCUGAUUUCUGGAAGGAACUGUGCCUCGCCCUUCCACGGAAAGUGUCCUAUCCAGGCCUCAGGGGAGACCCCCAAACCCAUCUCCAGGAGGACAAGGACCCCAUGCUGAUCCUCCACAGCAACUACCUGGAUUUCCGAGGGGACUCCCACCCUGAAGGAGAUGCUGCUACUCGGGGUCCCAUUUUCAAAGGCCCACCACCACUUCAUAUGCUUGGACCUGACGGCCCACCACUUGGUGCAAUGGAAGAAGUACAGCUUGGAGAAAACCAAAGAAGUGAGAUAGACAUCUCUGAUUUGGGAUCACGUAACUAUGGAGCAAGGACAGACUUCUACUGCCUGGUUACAGAAGAUGACAUAUAAGCGAUGCUGCAAAACUGACCAUUUUUAUUCGUAUGAUAUUGCUUGACAAGGAUAAUCUGUUUGCCUAGUUUCUUCAAUCCAAAAUAACCAGGUGGGGUGCCACAGGGCUCUCUUCUGGGCUUGGUACUCUCCCAGGUGUUUAUCCAUGAUUUAGAUGAAGGGUGGAGGGAAUUUUUCCCAAAAAUUUGCAGAUGAUACAACGCUGAGAGGGAUUGCUAACACCUCAGGAAUAAAAUUCAAAAUGGCCUUGUAAAAAUUUGAAAUGCACGAGUAUAGGAAGGGGGAUAAUUGGCUUGACAGUGGUAAGUCUGAGAAGGAUCUUAGGGUUGCAGGUGAUCACAAGCUGAACGUUAGUAAGUAGUGUGAAGCAAAUGCGGAAAAAAAGGCUAAUGCAACAUUAAGCUCCAUUAAUAGAAGAAUAGUUUCCAAGUCACAAGAAGUCGUAGCUACACUUUAUUCCACACUAGUCAUACCUUACCCAGAGUACUGUGUCUGGUCUGGGUGCUGCCCUUUAAAAAGAUGUAGACAAAUUGGAAUGGCUCCAGAGGAGGGCACCUAAAAUGAUCAGGGAUAUUUGGAAAAUAUGCUAUGAAGAAAGGUUGAAGGAACUGGGUGUCUAGCUUGGAGAAGAGGAGCCUAUUGAUGGACAUGAUAGCAAUCUUCAGAUACCUCAAGGGCUAUUAAAUAAAAGAGGGUGAAGACUUGUUAUCUGCCCCAAAGGCAGAACUAGAUUUAAUGGGUUUAAUUUAUAGGUGGCUAGAUUAUGGUUCAGCCUUAGAAGAAGCUUCAUUGUGGAAAGAACUGUUUGACAAUGAAACCAAUUAUCUAGAGUGGUUUGGCUCCCUCACUGGAAGUCUUCAAGCAGAGACUAGACAACCACCUGUUAGGGAUGUUGUAGCUCUGGAUUUCCUGCACCAACCAGGGAGUUGGACUAGAAGUCCUAUGAGGCCCUGGCCAACUCUGGUUCUGUAAUCCUUCCUCACUGUGAUUGUUACAGGGAAUUUCCUCUAAUGCUGAGGAAUACUUGACUCUAUUACAGACUAUAGUGCCUUACAGCAAUAUUUAUGUGAAUGUUUAGUUUUAAAAACUUCUCAGAAUGAAAGGAUGUUUUGAGGAAAGAUGAUGACCUCAAAUUAAAGUAUGGCAGGGUUCUUAGUUGUUCUUGCACUUGACUGCCAUGAUGGGACUUAUCCCAGCAGUAGAUUUGUUGGGCUUCUCAGUUACUGCCCUGCAGUUUCAUAAAUGAGCAUCAAUAAGGGGUCGGCACAGAGGUAACCAGAACUACAAAGAAAAUAGCAACAAUUCUGGGACCCUGUUCUUGGUGUAAAAAUGACAUGAAGCAGCACCAGUUCAAUGGAGGUAACAUCAGAAUUCAGAUGGAAGGGCAAUAUAAUAUCCAAAUGAAAAUGAACAUCAAUAGACUGUUCCCUUGAGGAAUCAUUGUUUUCUGAAUACACAGUUUAGCUUUGCAGCCUGCUCCUAACCACAUUUCUGUGGAUGUAAAUCUCAGGGUACACACUUGGACAUGCAGUGAUGUAAAUAAGUCCGGGAGUGCAGGCUUAGUAUUCACUGUUGCCACUGGGUGCUGAGCUUGGGAUGAGCUGAGGGUUUGGGAUGUUGAUGGAAUAGCUAACUAACCCUCAAGAACACCAUGGCAACAGAGAGGCUUCGUGAUGCAAUGACAUUGAAUGGCUAGGAUGGUAGUGCCCGGUCAAAUGUUACUUUAUGGUCCAGUUAGUAUAAUAGCAAAUGUAACCCCCGUAAACUUAUUAGAAAAUGUUGGUGCACAAAGGCUUUAUUUCAAUAGUAGCAGUUCAAUAGGCCUUUCAUAAGCUGUGUUUAAAUGUUGAUGUUGUUUGCUGCCUGAGCAAACAACAUUUUCCUGCUUGGGGGAAAAUGCCAUUUUAAGCCAACUGUGCCUAUUUCCCUGUCUAUUGCCACCAGUUCUGUGGUGUAAGCUGAUGAUAGUUUACGGGCCAUCAGACUUUAGGCCCGAAGAACUGAUGCCCUCAUGUUAAUGACCUAUAAGAGGGGAAAACAAGCUUCUGCAUCCCAGGGCUGAGUUGUGUCCCAGGCCAGGGCUAGGAGGGAGCUGCAAAGUACCUUGGGAGAUGUGUUAAAAAUAGCAAGGUUACAAUUGACAGUCAAAACUGAGAGCCUCACAAUCUUCACACAUUUCAAGAGUUCACAUAUCAAUUCAUGAAUACUUGGUCCAUGAAGAAACAACAUUUGGCAAUGGCGAAAGCAGAUGGUGGGCAGGAAGAACCCCAGCUCCUUUCAAAAUAAUGGUGGGUGGGUGUGCAUGUGUUGAUCUGGGGUGCUGAUCUUGUCAGGAUAAGCCAAAGUGAGACAAAAAUCGCAAGUGGAUCAGUUUAUAGUAAAUAGAUGAGGAAAUAAAGCAGACUUUUGAUUGGGGCCCAGAUAGAUGUGUGGCUGUGGCGGAAGUCACCAGCUUCCGUCAGCACAAAGGACGUGUCCUCUCCCCCCUUUUAAUUUUUUUUAAUUAUCUGCAUCUCCGCAGCUGUGCAGAUACAGAUAAUAAAAGUAAAAAGAAAUGGGAGGAACGGGCAGCCAGAGGGAGGACAUGAGGAGAGGGGGCAGGGACUCGGGGCAAACCUCCUCUCCUCCCUCUGGCUGCUCGUUCCUCCCCACAUUUCUUUUUACUUUUAUUAUUUGUAUCUGCACAAGCCAACAACUGGUUAAAAUAUGAAGCAGAGUGCAGGAAUAAAUGGGACACUUUCAUGAUGGAGAGCACUACUGAGACCAAUACUAUUCAACUCAUUGAGAAAUGACCUGGAGUUGGGGUAAGCAGUAACAUGGCCAUGCAUGGCAAUGAUACCAACUAAUUCUGAAUGGUAAAAAAUGGUGCAGAGCUGCAAAGAGCUCCUAAGCUAUCUUGCCAAGCUGGAUGAGUAAGCAAUAAAACUGUAAGUUGAUUGGCAGUAGAUUCAAGACAGACUUCUUCACAGAACACCCAUUUAACUUAUGGAAAGAGCCUCCCACAAAUCCAGUUAGUCAUGAUUACUUCCAGUUCCAUGGAUGUCAAUGAGUCCACUCUAGGUGGGACUAAAUCUGGCUCCAACCUCCUUGGGUUAACAGUAAAGUCUUAUCCAAAGCGCAAUUUUGUCUAUGCUGUUAUUGUAAUUUAGUAUUUACAUGCAAAAUAAUAUCUUCUGUUAGCACAUGGUUCAACUUGUGGU